AUGAACUUCAGCAGAAACUCCAAAAAGCAACCGUCUGCCCAGAACGCGGAGCCUGAAAUUACAGUGGCCCCAGCUACGUUGGCCAGCGAGAGGUUCGGUUCUGGCACUGUAGUAGAGGCAGAAGCUUAUCAAAUCCCAGCGGCUGUCACAUACGAUCCCUCCAAAGGGACAACAGCUGAAAUCCCAUCCUUCGAGGAUGCACUUGACGAGAACUUGCCUACUGCCAAUGCAAGGCCCACCCCCAAACGACAGCGUCCCAGUCCCAAACGACAGCGUGCCACACCUCAGACCGGAGAAGAGCUCUUGCGACGAAUGAAGAUGCAGCGUAAGGCGGCUACGGUCAACAGUGGGCUCUGGGGAGGUCUGUUGGGCCUCAUUUUGCUUGGGCCCGUUGGUGCUGUUGGAGUUGGUGCUGGCUCGGCCAUCAUGACAAAGCACUCGAUGAAACGCAGGGAAAAGGUGUUGCGUAAGCGUUUGGAAGGUAGGCUGCAUGAACCCAUGUUCUUGAUUUAG